CCGGCUUGGCUCAGUGGUUAGAGUUGUGGAGAAAGUGCUUGCGGUCCUUCCAGCGUCAUCAUCCUCAGAUGCCAGGUCAGGGUGCCCCUCUGGGAGGACUGUGCCCCUUUCAGGACCUGCCCUGCUUCGUCCACCUGGAUCCCCAGCCCCCACCCUAGCAGGCUAUGAUAGCUUCGAGAACAACAGCCAGAAGCGAUGGCCCCGCCCUGGGUGCCCGCCGUGGGCUUCACACUGGCACCCAGCCUGGGGGCCUUCCUCGGCUCCUACCACGUCCGCGGAGAGGGCCUGCGCUGGUACGCCAGCCUGCAGAAGCCCUCCUGGCACCCGCCCCGCUGGACGCUCGGCCCCAUCUGGGGCACUCUCUACUCGGCCAUGGGAUACGGCUCCUACCUGGUCUGGAAAGAGCUGGGGGGCUUCUCGGAGGAGGCUGUGGUUCCCCUGGGCCUCUACGCUGGGCAGCUGACCCUGAACUGGGCAUGGCCUCCCAUCUUCUUUGGCAGCCAACAAAUGGGUUGGGCCCUGGUGGACAUCCUGCUGACGGGGGGGUUGGCAACAGCUACCGCCGUGGCCUGGCACCGGGUGAGCCCCUCGGCCGCUCGAUUGCUCUACCCAUACCUGGCCUGGCUGGCCUUUGGGGUCAUGCUCAACUACUGCAUCUGGCGGGACAACCCUGGCCGGCGUGGUGGCCGAAGGCUUGCGGAAUGAGGUACCCCACCCUCCGAAGACGUGGCUGCUGCCAGACAGGCCCUGCUCCUGGUGGUGGCCCUCACACUUUCGUGGCCACCAAACCUGUGAGUCGGUCUGGGUCCCAGCCCAGGGGGCCACCCCCAGCGUCAUAGCUGCUCCGGGCUGAGCCCGCACCCCAGAAGCGGUGCCCUUCACUCUCGGCAUUGCUCAGGGCUCGGGCUCGGAGCGUGCGGUUUUAUAAGCCAAAUAAAGUUUUAACCUGCCGUGGCCUUUU